AUGUCCGAUGGAUAUGACUUCGGAGAUACAGAAGAGUUCUUCGAGGACGAGCUUGUUGGUCCUAUGAGAGAGCAGAGCUCGCUUCGUGAGCCGCAUCAAUUAUCCGAUGAGCUUUCCAUGCGCCAAGUGCGCUUGAUCUUGGACCAAACUGCAUUUGUUCGAGGGAUAGGCAAUGUCAAGAGAUGGUUUAACGACGAAUAUAUCGAGCAAAACUGGAACGCCUCGUCAGACAAGAUCAAGCUCAACAUUUACAUCCCUUCGUAUACCUUGCACGAAUUUGACUUUGUCAAAAGAGGCACCUCGAUCAGUGCCACCAAUGCACGAGAAGCUAUCAAAUUUAUCGAUAAUUACUUGGAGAAUUUUGCCCCUGGCCAGCCCCAGGCCCCAGAUUGCGACAGAAUCCAGUACAAUUUGAAUCUUGAAUCUCCACAGGAUGCUACCCCUUCGUGGAACAGCUGCACCAGGUUUAAGGUUUUUACACCAAAGAUUAAGGACUUUCCGAAUUACAAGACCAGUUUUGACUCGAACCAAGUGAGACAGGUGGGCGAUCCAAGCAACCUCGGCAGUAGCCAGCAAGGCCACAACCAUAAUUAUUGCAAUGAAAGCUCGCAGGAUGUAUACCAGGACUCGGCAGCAGACUUUGACUCGAAUGCCGAGAUGCCCGCCCGGUUAAGAUACUUGAUCAGGACCUGCAUUUACAAGAGAUUUGUUGAAAAGUAUCAGCCGCCACCAAAGAACAGUAUCGAGGAGUGGAAGUUGGUCACCGAGGACCCCAUAACCAAGAUCUGGGCAAAAGCAUACGGAAUCGACUGUGUCAAUGUCAAUGAAGCGGAGCUUCUCAUUUUCCAAAACUAUGACGUCAACUCGUUCAGAGUCUAUAACCCUUUUUCUUCGGAUGAAAACAGCUUUGAUCCAAGAAGCGAUAUCUUGCAAAACAGAAUUGACACGACCCUGUACUCGUAUUACAGUGUUAAACAGGCACCACCUAGAGUUGGCUAUAGAAACAAGAACAACAAUAGCACCAAUAGGUCUGCUCGAGCCCGCAACAGGAUGAACAAAAGCAAAAAGCCUCCCAGAAUCCCAAUCGAAGGGGUGGUCCACGAAGAAACAACCGAGUCUGGGACGACGAAAAAGGAAAAGUUCAAGGCCAUCAACUAUGCUCCAAGAGGAGAGGGGCAAUUGUGGAAACCGUGA